ACUCUUUGGUGGAGGCAGUGGUUGUCAUUCACUAGAACAGAAAACCUAGGGCUAGGGCCACUUCCUGUUAGGUAAAAGUUGACAGUAGAAGCAAUCAAAACAGAAAGGCUAAAAAAACUGUUGCACAUCACUUAUAGGCCAAGCAACAGGAAGGAACGGCAUCUACAGAAAUAUAGUUUCAGGGAAUGUAAUGGAAAUGAGCAGGACAACCACUGUAUUGUUCUUGGCCACACAUGUGUCUUCUGCAGAGGCCUCUUUGAGCGACCCAACAAAUUGCUAUAUUUUAGAUGUUUUUCUCCUGCUGUAUUCUAUCAUUUUUACUGCUCUCUACUUCCGAGAGAAGUUUACAAAGGAAGGGCCUGUUCCUCCAGAGCCUGCAACCCCGGCCCAUAACCCCAAUGAGCCUGUCUAUACAGACUUGGAUCUGCCUCAGAUGAGUUCCGAUUAUCAGCAACUGGAUAGACCGAUUAGAAGACGGGAGCCAGAGACACAUUAUCAGGAACUAAGAGGAGCAAGAAAUGAUGAAUACCAGGAAAUAAGACCAAAAGGAGCCAAAGCUCGCAAAGCCAAGAGCAAACCUGAUGAGGCUCGAACAGGGAGAAAAAGGGAUGCAGCCGAGGCUGUGGAGAUGGAAACUUUUCCCACAACACACAAUUAACACACAGCACAACCUCAGGAGCAAUUUGUAUAUCUUCCAACUUACAGAUAAACUGUGUAUCUUUGUUGGAUGCAUUUAUGUGUCUUGCUUUAUACAUAUCCUCAAAAGUUUGGGGUCAGUAAGAUUACAUUUUUUUAUAGAAAUAAAUACUAUAAUUCAGCAUGGAUGCAUUGAGAUUUUAAAAAAGUGACGGUAAAGAAAAGAUUUAUAUUUCAAAAUGUUUUUGUUUUGUUUUACUUUCUAUUCUUUAAAGAAUCCUGAAAAAAUGUAUCAUGGUUUCCACAAAAACAUUAAGCAGCACAACGAUUUUCAACAUUGAUAAGAAAUGUUUUGUGUGCGCCAAAUCAGCAUAUUAGUUUGAUUUCUAAAGAAUCAUGUGACACUGAAGACUGGAGUAAUGGCUUCAGCUUUUCCAACCCAGGAAUGAAUUACAUUUUAAAAGAUAUUAAAAUAGAAUUACCAUGUAACAAUAAAAAUUAAAUCAAACAAGCUUUGAGACUUUUCAAAAACAUUUUAAAUAAUCUUACCGACCCCAAACUUUCGAACGGCUGUGUGUGAUGUAUGUUAUGAUGUAUGUACGUGUAUAUAUAGUAUAUAUGCAAUUUUUGGUUGCAAUAGAGGAUCUUGUAUGUUAAUGCAAGGCAGGAAAAGAUCAUUUCAAAGCAAUUUUACAAGGCAAUUUAAGAAUUAGACCUCUGUCUGGAGAGGUAGGAGACAGUGCUCUUAUUUUCUACAUAUGUGUGUAAAAUAGUCCAUUUGACUGAUUACUGUAAAACAAGGGUAAAAUGAAAUAAAAUUAUUAUCAAUUCUGUAAGUUCCUCCAUGAUCCGAAAUAUGGCAAAUAUUAAAAGACCAAAGACUUAUUAGAAUAUUAAAACACUUGGAAAAUGGUUUAAUGAUGUUUACAACAAAAGAGAACUGUACAGUUACAGUAAAAGAUUAUCUUUAUAUAUAUAUAAAAAACAAACAAAAUACAGCAGACAAAUGCAUCAAAUCUACCAUGUAUCCUGAUUCACAUACUUAUAUUCUACACAAUCAUUCAGUUCUAAGCUACAGCGAUGUAGCCAUUUAGCGUUCAGUCUUGGGUGUAUGUUCGCUUGAUAGCAGGCCACGAGUGGCACUAGAGUUCAGGUCUGUAGUGAUACUCAGAACCCAACCAAUCAUCACUAUUACAACAGUGAGUUACAGCGUUCUGAAGGGAGAUAUAGAAGUACAAUCUACAGUAUGAGACAGAGUGAAAAAUGGAACAUUCCUUGAGCUUUAGCCAUAGGAAAUAUGGAAAUGAGAGUAUAGAGAGAUUUCUUUUGAAACCAAUGACUAAAGUAUUAUGUACAUUGUCUUUUUUUUUAACUUAACCUUUUUUCUGUCUUUUGUUUUAAAAACAAUGAUAAGUUGGGCAGUGAAACUGAUAUCACAUACAUUGACACAUCCAAAAACAUACAAAAAUACUAUUUCUUUAACCUACAGUAAGACAGUUUUGCAGUUAAAUUCCAUGCUGUGACAGAAAAAGAGCAACAGAUCCAACGAACAAGAAAAUUAAAAAAACGACACACUUUUUUCCCCCAUAAGCAUCUCAGGAAAAUACCAAAA